GUGUGAAGUAAAUCUGUGCGGGUGUCACAAACACCAGCUCGUGCUGGAGUCUCUGUGGGUCUCGGGUGAGCAGUUAGUUACACGGGUCAAGAUAAUUUCACAGGAUAAUGCCCUGGACUCUCUUAUGCCUCCUGUUGUUGAGGGCUGGAACUGCAGUGUCCAGCAGCGAGCUGCAGUGCUUUAUGUGGCCAGCGGGGGCGCUGCAUCCUGUGCAGGCUCAGCUGGAGCGCAUCGAAGCAGUGACGGGCUGUGCCGCCAGGGAGGGCGGAGCUAAAGAGACCCAUGUGAUUUCUGUGGGCAAAACAUCAAAUAAGCAGGUGACGGUGGUAUUGAGAACUUUGAACCUCUUUCGCCCCGUCAACCGCCCGGUGAUUCUGGUGCUGAGUUCCCAGCAUGCCAUGCGUUGGGUGAUCGAAAACGAAGGACUGCCGCACAACAUUAACCUGUUGGUGCAGGUGUCUCAGAACUCAACUGUGACGUCUGCGAGCGCGUCCUUGCGUGUGGUGCAGGUGCCGUUUUUACCACGACGUCCUCAGGUUCUUCUGCGCUGGGUUCUUCAGCGCCACACCUCCAUCUCCUCUCUCAUACAUGCUGUUCACGCCAACCGCGUUUCCUUGCGAUUGGGAGAGGAUCCCAGCAUGCCGAGCGAGUGUCGUCUGCGUUCCCUGUUCAUGUCUCAGAACUAUCAGGCGUCCGAGUUACACGAGCAGGAGGUGCAUGGCUGUGUAUCAUCUGGUGAAACUGCAGACACUGAGGUUCAUAUCAUCAGAUUGUGGUCUUCAGGUUCUGCUCUGUGUGGCUCUCUGCAGGCAGACGUGUCUGUCUUUCUGUCGCCCUCAGAGUCUCAUUCAGGACAUCACAACAUCGUUCUCAUACUCAGCAGUGCCGUUUCUGUCACCUGGGCUUUGGUGGCUCCAGAUGUCAAAGGUCACAUCAGGGUUUAUUCAUCCACGAGUGUAAAUCUACUGUACUCUCAAAGUCCUGAGCUGAACGUGACCAGCACUGUGACCUCUGACCUCCUCAGCCCUUCUGAUCUCAUAGAAUGGGCCAAUCAGAAAAACAUCUCCAACGUGACCUCAUAUACUGAGGCUGACCUGGCCAAUCGCUUUGUGGUGAAGUUAAGAGGAGGCGGACAAGGUGAGAUGAGUGAUGGGAUAGACAGUUGUUUUGUAGAGUGUGUUUCAGGCGGUGAUGCUGAUGCUGAUGUGAGUCGCUCAGGGAGCAGGAGGCUGAACAUCUUUCAGGAGGAUGUAACUGCACAGAAAAUCAGAGAUGCGGUCAGCUGUCAGUGUGAUGAAGUGACUCUUAAUGUUACUGUGGAUAGACACAUACUACAGGCCAUGUCUCUGUCCGUGAUGAGCGUGAGUCUGCGUGAUCACGGCUGUCAGGCGAAGGUUAACCAGACUCAUUUUCUGAUGAAUUUUCCUAUGAUUUCCUGUGGCACCGAAGAUGAAAUGGAUGAAGUGAACAGAAAAGUGCGCUACACAAACACGGUGUUUCUAUGGAAGACAACAGAGGGUUCAAAAAAUCAGACAGAUGAGAUGAAUCCACUGGGUGUUCAGAUCAGCUGUGAGGUUUUUCUGUCCAGUCCUGUGAAUGAAGUAGAUGUGAGUCCAUCAUCUGGACCAGUUGAGGAGCUGCAGUCCAGUCACUGGAUACAGAGAUCCCACACCUCCCCAAUGCUGUCCAUGGAGCUGUUUGUAACCGAAUCUUAUGAGAGGAGAGCGGUGGGGCCGUGUGUCAUCACUGCAUAUGAUCGACUCUAUGUACAGAUCUCAGUAGUGGCCAGUGUUGAAGAUGCCGUGGAGCUGAAUUCAUGUCGGGUUUCAUCUCUAUCAGACCCGCAGGCUCACAGUGACUGGCACAUCAUCAGACGCUCCUGUCCAUCUGACCCAACCUUUACACUGACCAACAGACAUACUGGGGAAGAGAGACACAGUGCAACUAAGAAAGACCAUACCACACAAAAACACGUCAGGACCGAGAGACAGCUGCUCUCACGCUGGAGAAAGACAGAAAGUCGAGACGGGAGAUUGAGACGGUUUAAGCGCGCAGAGACGGACAGAUUCAGAGCUAUGAUGAAACCUGCAGAACACAGAAGAGAGAGGAGAGAUGUGAUGAUGAAUGAAGAAGAAACUGCACACACACUGCGCUUUAGUUUCAUAUUCAGACCUGUGUUUAAUAACUCCAUUCAGUUUCUACACUGCAGUCUGCGUCUGUGUGUGUCAGGACUUCAGACCGAUGAAAAGCCUUCAGUUAACAAAGUUUGUAAACAGGGACAACACAUACCUGCAUUCACAAACACACCUGCAUCACAACAGUGCGAGUACAGAAAUCUCUCUCGGCCCGUAUUGGUCACGUCUCCUGUGGAGUUUAUGGCGCCUCCUGCUGGUAAACUUUCUCAAAAGCCAACUCAGAUGCCAAGAAAGGCGCCUUCACCAAAGGAAGCAGACACGGGUGCAGUGCUGGUGAUUGUGUUUACAGCGUUUGUGAUGGGCUUCAGUCUGAUGGGGGGACUCUGGUGUAUCUACACUCGCACUGGGAGGCAACAUCCUAGAGAAUAUUACCGUCAGCAACCAGACAUCAGCGCUGGAUCAGAUCAACACUUACCGUAAGGUGAAAUAAACAUAAAAGUGGAUCCUGAACAAACAAUGAGAUUGUGUUGUAAUGUGACCUUUGCUUUAGUAAAGUUAAGUUUGUGCAACACUGAUGUGAGGUCUGUAACCCAGCCAACACAGAAAAGUUCUAAGAACAUUCCUUGAAAGUUUCCAAAAACAUUACACCAACAUGCCAAGGUUUAAAGAACUUUUAUUGGUUUUCUUUCACACAAUGUUUAAAACAACUGUUUACUAUAUUUGCUUGUUAUGUAAAUAAUAGAGAAACACUCCAUUUUAUAAUUAUGAAACUGUUAUAUAAAACAUUAUUUCUGAAUUUUCUGUAAAAAUAUUGCUGUAGAAACACAAUUCACUUUUAGGUUUAGAUAGUUGAUGAUUUGUUUCAUUUAAAGUCAUCAUUAUGAUGAUCAGUGUUUGUUUAAGUGGACUCUUGAUCCUUGACAUCUUGUUGCUAGUUUUUCCCUGGUUGUAUUAACUUUGUGUGUAAAAAACACAUCUGUUGUGGUAAUGUAAAGUUAAUAAUGCAUCAUCUAAUUAAUUAAUUUACUAACUCAUCAAAAGUUUUUUUUGUUAAACUGAGGUCCAAAACUUUUCUCUGUUAGCUGGGAAUGUUUUAUCUUGCUAAUGUAUAAAAAAAUCUCACUGUCUGACAGCUGUGUGUAAAUAUGUGAGCUCAUUAAACGUUCUGUCAUUGA